CGGCAAACAGAUCAGUUUCAGUUGGAUCGCGUUUUAAAACGGAUGCUGGAAGAAUUUCCGUGAAAAAUUUAAAAGUGGGGAAGUGAAAAACAUUUGGAUAGUGACAGAAAAAUAUUUGGACUGAGUGAAUUAAUCAAACAGUAUUUUAUUUGAAAAAAAAAACAGAACGUGGGUGUUCAAAAUGAUAACGUCAACACUUUUGGGUGUGCUACUUAUAGGAUCAUGUUUCGCAGAUGUAACCACGUGGAACAACGACCAAAACACCGGCUAUCGAUACAACCACUUAGAUAAUAUAAAGGGACUACACUAUUCCCAACAUGAGGCCUCCGUCCACGCAGCAAGAAAGGGUGCUGCCGAAAGAUUGUCUCGCAUCGGUGGAUCAGCCCCUUUAACGGAUCCCUGUGGAACACUUUGCUUCACUUCUACUGGAUUGUCGGAUGCCAACGAUGCUGAAACUUUGGGACAAGGAAUUGUUGGAUUUACCAACACCGGUUCCGGCUCAAGCAGCAGCAGCAGUAACUCCAAGUAUCAGGCAAGCUCCCGUCAGGAAUCAGCCGUGCACGCAGUUCAGCCUAUCGCAGGAGCUUCAAAAUCGAGCUACGUUAGCUCAUCUCAUCGACAAAGCUCUUCCAGUGUGGCUUCCGGUGGACAACCGCUGAAUUUGAUUGUAGACUCUGAGGGCGUUAAAACUAGAUCCAACUUUGGCACUGCUUCCGGUGCGACUGUUGUUCAGCCAGUUUACUCGGCUGCUUACCCAAUUGGACAAGAAUCGCAAAGCGGAAGCUACAGCAGCUCCGCCAACCGUAAACUAAGCACUGGAGCAUAUCACGUCCCAGUAGAAACAGGUAAUGCAUACAGUUCUAGAUCUAGCUAUGCUGCAGCCUCUGAAACAGCCUCAGUUCAGCAGCCGGUUAUUCCUGUUCAUUCCACUGCAAGUGAUCAUUCAGCUAAGUAUGCAGCUGCAGGUCGACAAGACAGUUACCAGAGGUAUGCUCCCUCGGGUACUUACGUAGUCUACAGUAAACCUGUUCAAGUUCCCAUUUACACGAGUACCUUAGAUACUUCGGCUCGUUUUUCUGACGCGGAAGGAAAUGUCUAUACUCCAGUCAAAGUCGUCUACCCUGCACGUACUUCAUCUCAUUCUAGCGCUGUCGAAGAACAACAGUACAGUUCCGUUGCUGGACAUCAGCAGCCUGUUCAAGUUUUUUCGAACAAACAAGAUCAAGCUGCCCAGUCGGCUUCCAUCUAUCGUGGGACUUAUCGUCCUGUUUAUCAACCCGCUUACGGUAGCCACGCUGCAUCAUCUGAGCGUACGGCAGAAUCUCAAGUGCGAUCUUCGGAAGUCAGCUCCGUGUCCAACCGAGUUGAUGAACGCCAAGAAGAUUAUGCUCGUCGAGGCUCUGUCUACACUCCGAUUCCUUUGAAUCAAGGCUCUGGCACUGUUUCCAAAUACUCCACUUUUGAUCAGAGAAAUACUCAAACAGCUGCUGGUGCCUACGCUCCAAUUGCACCCAUCGCCGGUAGCUCUUCUUCGGAGUCAUCCUCUAAAUACACCGCGCAACAGCAACAUCAGCAGAGAGCUUCGUACACGCCGAUAGCCGUUCAACCCGUUUCUAGUAGCUCCCAAUACACUGCCCAAGAACAGAGUCGCCAACAAGCGUCUACUGCCAGCGGAGGAUCUUACUACCCGAUCAACCAAGGACGCUACUCAUCGGCAGACUCACAGCAUAGCGCCUACCGACACCAACAGGCCUCCAAAACGGGCAGCAGCUACCACCAGCAGCAAUAUCCGAUAGUGAACGACGCCCUCGGAAUGCGCUUCGGUGCCAGCGGAAUGGAGUUCGGAGACAACAACGACCUCACCGGGCUGAUGAGCGAAUCCGAGCGGUUGGCUAAACUGCAGGCCAAGAACGCCUACAACGGAGCAGUUUCGGGGAGCUCGGCCAUUGAAACGGAGAACCGUUUCGGAGCAGGAGCCGAUGGAGAUGGUGCCGGAGCAACAGGUGGAUUCGGAUCGGGAGCUUUCCAACGGACCAAGUCCUGGUCCAGCAGUUCCAAGUGGGCUUCCGGACAGAAGUUUGGUGAAGAUGGCAACAUCAAGUCGUACAGCUCGCUGUCGACGGCGGAAAGCGAACAGCAUAAUGUGAAUGGAAAGAAAACUGGAUACAAGGCCGCCACGACUACCCUGGAAGAUGAUGGCAAGGUUAGCACAUACAGUUUGCAUACGCCGUAAAGUGGUAUACCAAAACAGUGUUAGGGACUAUUUAUAAGCUUGUUGACUGAAAUAUAAUUUAAAAUUGAAAGAGAAUAA